AGGAGGCGUCAUUACGUUUGAGCUAAGCGCGCUGCUUCACUCACUGUUUUCACGAGCUCAAAACUAAACCAAAAACAAUCCAUAAAAACAUAAUUAUGGAGUUUAAUUGAACAACGUCGUAUGAAUAAGACCUCUUGAUUGUCUCAGCGUUAUCUGGGAUCAACAAUGCCCAUUCGAGCAUACUGCACCAUCUGCUCAGAUUUCUUUGAUAAUUCCAAAGAUGUGUCUGCAAUUCAUUGUGGUCACACUUUUCAUUAUGCCUGUCUUCUCCAGUGGUUUCAGUCGGCCCCAAGCAAAACGUGUCCACAAUGCAGGAAACAGGUCAGUACGCGGCACAUCAUCAACAAACUGUUCUUCGACAUAGCACCAGAGGACGAUGGGACGCCAGUGGAUCCUGAAAGUUUACAGAAUGAGCUUGAUCGCAUGAAAGCGGUGUUGUCUGGAAAAGAGAAAGAAUGGAGGGACAAGCAGAAGUCAGUGGACACACUGAAAGACACAAUUGAGAAGCAGAAGAAGGACCUGGACAGACUCCGCAAGGAAGUCGGAGACAAAGAGAUGUUGUGUUCUGUCCUCCGGAAACAGAUGAAUUUCUUGGAGAGUCAGAAAAAUGAAGGGCAGGCAGCCAAAGAGGAAGCCAAGCGACUCCGAGUCAAAAUGAAAACCUAUGAGAGUUUAGACAUGGUCCUACAGGGUCAAAGGUCAGAGGUAGAGGCCAUGAUCACUGAUAUGGGCGUUGGUCAGUCUGCUGUUGAACAGCUGUCCAUAUACUGCAUCUCACUUAAAAAGGAGUACGACAAUCUGAAAGGAAGCCUCAAGUCAUCAAAUGAGAUGUGUGAGAAGCUUAAAAGGGAACUGAUCUCUUCUAACAGCAAGUUGCAAAAAGCUACAACAGAGACAAACAGGACAAAGGAGGACAUGAAGGCACUUCAGAACGACCUGUCCAACGCAGACAAAGAGAUCACUAGCUUGAAGAAGAAGGUGGAAGUUCUUCAGCGGACGUUAAGUACUCCAACUCGCACUAAUGAAGCCAUCAGCAGACUGGUCUUCGAAAGCCCAGCUCCUCUGGAGCUGAAGCCUCCUGGUCAUGGUCCAAUGACAGACUCUCAGGAAAUUGACCUCAACCUGACCUUCGACAUUAACACACCUGAACAGGUUGAGAAGAAGCCCGUUCAGGUUCCAUCUAAGAAGAUGCGUCUGGACCCUUCAGCGUCCUCAUUCAAAAACACCGAAAAUGCACUCGGACAUAGUAACGCUCGUGUCAAAGAUGAUGUCAUGAUGGGGCCCAUGUUAAGGAACUCGCUGCUCUUCAGAAAGAACGCAUUUGGGAGCAUGCUCGACCCCAGCAAAUUUGGCACUGUAAGAUCCGGCUACGAUGGACUUGGAGGAAGAGCUAAAUUUAUCCAACCUUCUCCUUUAUCUGAGAUUCGACCCCUCGCCAUGAAGUCCAAGAGGAAGAAGGUCUCCAGGCCUGUUACAAGCAAGCCCACCUCCAGCCUGACCACUCUGGAUGGUUUCUUGGAAUAAAACCUCUCCCUUUUGAGGCCUGCAAGAGACAUUUUUCCCAUGAUGCCUGCCAAAAAUGCAAUAAGGGAAGCAGCUAUUUACAGCAACCUUAAUAAGGGAAGUGGUCCUAGUGGUCUAUUUCUAAGAGCAUUUUCUUGUGCAAGUCUGGCCAGUUUCAGGGGCAUCUGCGUCCACAUGGAGCUGGUGAUAAAUGGAGAACACUUCAUGCCACUAGCUUUUGGAAAUUUUCAUUAGAGACUGAAAAUGAAGUUUAGUGCUAGACGUGUUUGUGGAAAUCUCAGUGGCCACUCUGAGCUGAUCUGAAUGUAAAUCUGUGUGUUUUUAGGCGCUUCCUUGUAUAGACGGAAUCGUGCCACUGUGUAGUGGGUGCAUUAUAUUACACUGAAAUGAACUUUUCUCUUGAGUUUAUUUAUUUGACUUUGCUCACCAGCAUGUUUGAACAGGCAUGCAUUUCUGGCAUUUGAGGCAUCAAUAGGUCAGAAUUAGUCAUUUAUUUAUUUGUCUGAUUUGUCUUUUCCUUUCUGAAUGAAUUUUGAUAGAAAUGUG